AUGGCUCUCAUCCCACCGAACCCAGCCGUUGACCUCGUAGAGGACGACGAGACCGUCUGCACCAGGGAGCAUUGCUUCCGGUGCUUCGAUGCGCUCUUCUGCGCGCUGACUGGGCACAGGGCCCUCGAACCUAAGUUCCCGGACGAGAAAUACCAGCUCUUUGUCACCUGGAAUACCAGGUCGUCGCGCCCCGGACGGCCGCCCCGGCUGAGAGGCUGCAUCGGGACGUUUGAGGCGAUCCCAAUACGAGAGGGCCUGGCCGAGUAUGCCCUGAUCAGUGCGUUCCAAGACCAUCGAUUCAGGAAGAUAGAAGAGCGCGAGUUGGAGACUCUAGAAUGCGGGGUCUCCCUCCUGACAGACUUCGAGGAUGGUUCGUCGUAUCUAGACUGGACUAUCGGAGUGCACGGCGUCCGCAUCUCGUUCCCGCAUCCCGCACUGAAGCACACGUUUUCUGCCACAUACCUGCCACAGAUCGCCCCCGAGCAAGGUUGGGAUAAGAUCGAGACCAUCGACAGCGCCAUCCACAAGGCAGGCUGGACUGGUCGCAUCACCGAGGAUAUCCGACGUAGCGUGAAGCUGCGCCGAUACCAGAGCCGGAAGUACACCGUCAGCUGGGAGGAGUACGUCCAGUGGCGGACGGAGAAUGGCGGUGCGAUGUAA